CCGGAACUUGCCAUAGCUCGCUUGCUGUAUCAUGGCUACUCUAGUCUGACUGCUGUUGUGUUGUCCCAGAAGUUGGCAACUGAAAUUGCACCUAGUCUCCUAUCAAUAAAGACGUGGAAUAAGUUCUGUGUUAGUGUGCAGUGAUAAUUUGAAAUCCAUCUUGACCCUCAACAAGUUGUAAUACGUAUCGCAAGGCUGGAAUGUUUGUGUGUUUGUUUGGAAGUUCUACUGUGAAACGCUGUUAGUGAAGUCGCGGAGACAUUUCUCACAUGUACGCGUGAAGCUUUGAUUCAUUAUCUCGUGUGAGUGUGUAUCGGCUCCACUAGACAGUAUUUUCUGACGUAAUAAAAUGGAUGUGGUAUACAUUGAUGAACGAGAAGAUGUACAGAAGAAAACUUUUGCCAAGUGGAUUAAUUCACAGCUACUAAAGAGUUCCCAACCUCCAGUCACUGACCUGUUUGUAGACCUGCGGGAUGGUAACCGCCUGUUGUCACUUCUGGAACUGCUCACAGGAAAACAAUACAAAAGAGAAAGGGGGCGAAUGAGAGUACACCAUUUGAACAAUGUCAACAAAGCACUGCAAAUUUUGGAGCAGAACAAUGUAAAGUUGGUGAACAUAAGUAAUAAUGACAUAGUGGAUGGCAACCCCAAACUGACGCUAGGGCUGGUGUGGAGCAUCAUUUUACAUUGGCAGGUUCAUUAUCACUUGAAAGAUUUAAUGUCGGAGUUGCAGCAGACAAAUCUGGAGAAGACAUUGUUAGCAUGGUGUCGGCAAAACACAAAGGAUUAUCCUGGUGUAGAUGUGAAGAACUUCACUACAUCAUGGUCAGAUGGAUUGGCAUUCAAUGCAUUAAUUCAUCACUGGAUGUCACAGUUGUUUGAUUUUCAAAACAUUGCGAGGAAACAUCCAAAUGCAAGACUGGAGCAUGCAUUCCGUGUAGCACAAGAGCAUUUAGGGAUUGAGAGACUAUUGGAUCCUGAAGAUGUGAAUACAUCUGUACCUGACAAGAAGUCCAUCAUGAUGUACGUGAUGUGCCUCUUCCAAUCCUUGCCGCAUUCAGAGAUGGAUUUGAGCCAUUUAGACAUCUCGAUACAGUCUGACUCCAGUUCGAUAGCAUCUCCAGGAGCAGAGGGAGGUGUUUAUAGUGUCCCAUCAUCUCGUCCUAUCAGCAUUGCCACGAACAUUUCUGUGGAGCUUGGUGGUUACCAAGUCGCCUUAGAGGAGGUACUCACAUGGCUUUUGGAGGCUGAAGAUAAGCUCAGUAACUCGUCGGUUAUUGAAGGUGGGCUGGAGUCCAUCAAGGAGCAGUUCCACACCCAUGAGGCCUUCCUGCUUGAGCUGGCAGGGCACCAGGAGGGUGUGGGAGCAGUGCUCGAAGAAGGAGCCCGUAUGCUUUCUGAAGGUGGCCUCUCCAGGGAUGAAGAAGGUGAGGUGCGGGUACAGAUGAGGCUCCUGAAUUCUCGAUGGGAAGAUCUCCGUAUUAAGGCCAUGGAAAGGCAGUCUAGGAUUCAUGAAACUCUUAUGGACCUUCAGCAGAAACAGUUAGACCAAUUGCGGCAUUGGUUGACAGCCACUGAAGACAGGAUAUCUCACAUGGCAGAGACAGGACCUGAUUAUGAAGCACUUAAGCAGCAGAUAGAACAACACACACAACUGCAGCAAGACUUAGAGCAGCAGCAGCGAGUCGUAGAUGCCCUUUCAAACAUGGUUGUGGUUGUAGAUGAAAGCAGUCCAGAAAGUGCAUAUUCGCAAAUGGAGGACCAGUUGACAGCUCUUGGUGAGCGAUGGGCACAUAUCUGUCAGUGGACAGAGGGCAGGUGUAACAAACUUCAGAACCUUGCAGUAAAGUGGACUCAAGUAACAGAUGAGUUCCAGGCAAUACAGCAGUGGCUCAACAACAAGGAGACUCAACUGAAGUUGAUGGAAGCCAAUCCUCUGGUGGAGAUUGGUGAAGUUCUUGACAGGAUAAAGAGACUCCAGGUCCUAAGGCUGGGAAUGGAUACACAGCAGAGACGAAUUCUAGUCCUUCAGGAGUCAAUACAGCAGCUAGUGUCUGGGUUUGAUUCGCCUGACAGCAGCAAUAUGCUCGAGAAAGUAGAAAUGCUUCAGGAUCGGUGGGAUGCACUCAUUCAGAUAAUUGAAGUUCAAGGUCAAAGGAUAUCAAAUUCUGGUUUUGAAUUCCACAUGAGGCCAGCAUCAGGAGAAGCAGCGACUGUCAUGACACCGGGACAGCAGUGGGAAAUGAAUGAAACAGUUACAGCAGUCAGCAGUCAAACAGUUCAUCACAGUGAAUCAAAGAAGCGCCGUGUUGGAAGUACGGCUCGUCUGGAAUUUGAGGCAGCUUUAACCCAGCUCAACUCCUGGAUGGAUCACAUGGAAGAAGCUUUGUCUGCCAGAAGGACGGCAGCAUUUGAUGGGCUCGGUCUGGAGGAGCAGCUGGUGAUGUACAAAGACAUGGAGAUAGAUGUCCAGAACUACAAGGGAGAAGUGGACAGGGUGAUAGCUUUGGGAAAGCAUCUUAUAGAGGAAAUUAAAAGUGAAAAUGAAUCCAGUAAAGAUGAAGAACAUAAAAUUAGUGAGGUAGAACAUCGAUGGAGUGGUCUUGCUGUAUUGCUGAAACAGCGAAAGGAUAGGCUUGAUUUUCUGCAAGAAAAGAAACGCUUAUACAAUGAAAUAAGCAGUUUGGAGUUGAUUUUGGAGGGCUACCAGAAAUGGCUGGAAGGAACAAAGUGUCCUUCACCUGGGCAAGUAAAUGUGGCAGUGCAGCUGGAGCAAUGUAGAGUGAAGAUCAGUUCAGUGAAGUUGCAUGAAGACAGCAUCAGUGGGAUAAGAGAACAAGCAGCAGAACUGUCAUCAAAUCAGGCAGCUGGAAGUGAUGCUGAGAGCAUUAAUGCUGAUGUGAAUCAGUUCCUGGAGAGAUGGGGACAGCUGAUGCUUAGGUUGGCUGAAAAACAGACUGAGCUGAAUAAUGCAGUGGACAAGUCUCCUCCGCAGAAAUAUCUGGAAGCCAUGGAAGCACUGAUGAAAUGGGUUCAUAAUGUGGAAGGAGUGUUGCUUUCAGAGCAUGCAGUAGUGACAGACUCAGCUGUCAUGGAAGACCAGCUGCAGAAGUUCAAAGAGCUGCAAAAGACAAUUGAGGAACAGCAAAACAGUUUUCAUUAUGUCAACACUACUGGUCAAGAGCUGAUACACAGAGCAGGCUCAGAAGCAAAGAGCCAACGACUACUAGACGAACUACAAGAUCUCAAUGCCCGAUGGAAUGACAUCCCAGUAAUCCUUGAUGAAAGACAAAAGAAAUUGCAGAAAGACAUUGAAUUGCUUCGCCAGUUUCGGGAUGAGAUGGAAGGCUUGAAUUCAUGGUUGCAAGAAGUAGAAGCUUUCUUACAAGCUGAGGAAGACUUGCCAGUUGGUGAUGUGGAGACAUUGGAGGCACAGCUGGAGCAGUCGAAUGCUCUUCAAGAUGAUGUAGAAACACUUCAGCCCAAUGUUGACAACAUAGAGAGUACAUCACAGAAACUGCUGAAUAAUGCUGACCCAAAAUUUGCAGAAGAGCUACGAUUACAAGUUGAAACAUUAGUUGGAAAAUGGAAGAAGGUAGUGGAAGGUGCAAAGGAUCAAAACGUUCGGUUGAAGGAUGCUUUAGAGAAAAGCAGGACGGUAAUUGAAGGAGUGGAAGAGUUCACGUCCUGGUUAUGCAAAUUGGAGACAGAAGUACCAUCCUCUGUCAGUGUCACUUCCUCAGCAGAACUCUUCCAGCUGAAGGGCAAAUACCAAAUACUGAAGGACAAAGUAGACAAGAGGACAGAGGGGUUUAGGAGUCUCAACGAAAUGGGAAAUGAUCUCUUGCUGAGCAGUGAAGGUGCCUCCGUUCAGGAUCUUGCAAGAAAAUUCACACACCUGAAUGCCAAAUGGAGUGAUGUCACAGACAGAAUCUAUGAUAAAUUUAAGAUACUUAAAGAAGCCUCACAUGAAUAUGGUGAAUUUAGAGCUCUGGUUGCUCAAGAAAUGGAUUGGUUGGAUAAAUUAGAGAAGCGAUUAAGAAAAUCACCAAAAUCUGCUGCAGAUGCCGAGGAAAUUUCAGAAGAACUUGAUGAUCUUGAAAACUACAUUCGAAAUCAUCCAGAAGCUCGUCUAGCCAAGAUCCAGGAAAUUGGGCGCCAUCUUGUCGAUGACAGGAUCAUGCCUCAGAUAGUUCAGUCAGAUGUGGAGGCUAUUACUUCCAGGUGGAGCCAUAUGAGUCAACAGGCUAGGGAUCGUACCAUAUUGCUUGAAGGCUCUGUCCAGGAGGCUCAGCAGUCGGAAAGCCAUAUCCUAGAGUUCCAGGAAUGGGUAACUCAUGUAGAUGCACUACUAACAGCACGUGUUGAAAACGACAUCACCGCCGACGAUUUGCCGGAUUAUGACCAGACACUUGCUGAAGAAUUUGAAACCCAGAAAAGCACACUGAAGGAAAUGGAAGAGCAGGUGAAGACAUACUCGUCUGCAGGGAAGUAUGAGGCUGCAGCCAGAUUGCAGGAACAGAUGCUCCUCCUUCAGGAACGCUUCUCAGAAGUCCAACUCAGGUUCCAGAGAUUUCGAUCCCCAUCAAACUUGGAGCCACGACUUGCAAGGGCCCUGAGAGAGCUGAGGGGUGUGGAGGAAGCGACUUGUCUGCUGGAGCUUGCGUCUGAUGACCCAGAAGGAAUUGAAGGGCAACUGAAACACUGCUUGAGAUUCUAUCAUACCCUUAGUGAUAUGAAAGGAGAGGUAGAGAGCAUAAUUAAAACAGGCCGAAAACUGGUGGAAGACAAAGCUGUGCCUGAUCCUUUAGCAUUUUCGACAAGGAUAGACACCUUGAAGGAACUGUACAACAAGCUUGGUUCUCAAAUAACAGAAGCUAAAGGUGGAUUGGAUACAGCUUUGGGACUGUCACGGAACUUAGAGAGAGAAAUUCCAGCUUUGAAUGAAUGGAUUGAUGGUGUGGAGAUUCAGUUAGAUGAGUAUGAAGCUACAGGAGGAAUUAAUGCAAAUUUGGAUUCACACGUUACAUAUCUGAAGAAGACGUUAGAGAAGGAUGUUCCGAAGUGGAGUGCUGUGAAAGAGGGUAUAAAGUCAUCAUAUAAAGCAUUUUCUGCCCUCUGUGAUCCAGUCUAUUUGGAAGUACUGAAAGAAAGAGUGAAUGAUGUCAUCAGGAAGGAGGAAAAGUUGGACGAGAGGCUGAGGAGUUUGUUGUCUGCCCUGGAGCAGAAUGUGACUGCAGCUAAAAGCAAGCUUGAGGAACUGAACUCAUCAAUGGCAGAACUAAAUCAGUGGCUGAAUGAGGCAGAGGAAAGGGUGAACAAACUGGAUGCUCUAGCUCAGGAUCAGAUUUCAGAGAAAGACAUUUCAGAAUGCAAGGUAUUACAGAAUUCAAUGUAUGCACGUAAAAGUGAUGUGGUUUCCCUAAGAGAAGCAGCUGUGGAGUUAAUGACAGCUCCAGGGCAUCAACAAGAACUUAGGACCACUAUAGAACCUCAGUUGGUCCAGUUGAAUUGCCGAUGGGGAGAGAUUUUGCAUAGGAUUCAUGGUUGGACUCAGAAGGUUACUGUAAUGACCAAGAGUCCUUCUGCCACUGCUAGUGAUAGACUUUUAACAACUGACAUGCAAACUACAACCUCAUCUGGAGAUUCCAGGGGGAGAGAGCCACAAGAAAUUUCAUUUCUAGUUUUGGAGAAGGAAAAAGCUCAUGUAUCUGUGACAGAACCACAAGAACAUGUUGCACCAAAGUUGCUUCUGGGUUUACAUGAAAAUGAUAUUCAUCCACUUGAAGAAAAUGUAAACAAUAUGUGUGAGUAUAGUGAGCAUGAAACUGUGGGACAGGAAUGUAUGGGCUACCUGAAUCCUGUAUUUGAAGAUUUAUUGGACCAAGAUGAAGUUACAAAAACUGGGGAUGAAGAUAGACGUGAACUCUUGGUAGGUGAUAUGGCAGAGAAACCUGAGGAACUAAUGGAGUCUGAACCACCAGUGGAAGGAGUAAGACAGCAUCCAAAAAUUGUGAGUGAAAAUGUUCAGGUUAGACAGAUUGAAAGUGCAGUACCAGAUGUGCCAAGGAUGGCAGAAUUGCCAGAAACCAAUGGAAUAACUGUAAAGAAACAGGAAGAAACAGAGGAAUGUAACAGAGUAGGUAACAUAACUGUAGAGAUGGGCUUUGGGGAUGAUGUGAAAACAGUAAAACCUGCACAGGCUUCUGAAGAUACUGAUGACAUGGAUACAUUUUGCUUGGUAAAGGACAGUAUGCUGUUCUCUCAAGUGUCAACCAAUACUCUUGUGACCAGUACAGCAGAGGUAGACCAUGUAGGCUCCCAGAAAGAGGCAGAUCCAUGCCAAGUAGUUGAGGUAAAGGCAAUAGAAAUCAUAAAAUCAGUAGUUACCCCCAUAGAACCCAUUGAACAUGUGGUCUACCCUAGCAGAAGUAUGGAAACAACGGAGCAGUUCGGCCCUUUGUCUGUUGAAAUGGUAGAAAUCUUUGACGAAGCUGAAACGGAACCUGAAGAAUCUGCCCCAGAGACUGACACUGAGUCGCCUGUUAAGUUGACCGAUGGUCAAGGAGACAGAAGGAAACGGCCAUCAACAUUAAAGCUACACGAUGUCGACACAGAUGUUGAGCAGCAUCAAGAAGAUGAUUUUGAUACUGUGAUCUCUAACAAAAAAAUAGCCAGGUUAUCGCCCAGUAAAGAUGGACCACCACCAUCUCGGCGGUUAUCAGACGAAGAAAUUAUAAGGGUGAGUGCAGUUGCUGCUACUAGUGACCCAGCUGCAUGUCCGAAUGUAACCCAACUUCUAACAGAAUCAGUUGGAAAACUGAGCCAGUCCCCGCCUAAGGUAUCCAUUCCUGGCUACUGUGUGCAAGUGCAUGCUACCCCAACCCCACCACCAACUCCAGCCACGUACCCGAGUGAUAUCCUGUCUUCACUCUGCCUUCAGAUGACAGACAGAGUCAACAAAACAGAGGAGACCACAGUAACAGCAUGGCGUGAUUCCGAGUUUCUAACUCUAGAUGACACCACUAACACACAGAAGUCACAUGCUGGCAAUGGUGUGGAAAUAGUGCGUAGGCCUGCACAGUAUGCUGUCACAGAAGGUGACCAGAGAUAUGAACGUAGCAAAUCUCCUGACCUGAAAGAAGUGAUUCUUAAAAAGGAAAUUGAAGUAUCUAAAACGUAUAAGAUAAUUGGUAACAUUAGUGACCCAGAUCCUUCUUGUAACGCUGCUGCAGUAGUGUUAAGAGACACCUCUCCUGUGCUGGAUGAUGACUACAACAGUUUCUAUGGAAGUGACAAAGAGACUGAUGAUGUUGUAGAGUUUUCUGAUGAUGGUGGACCUCCUCUUGAACUGAACGACAGUUCAAGCUCAGACGAUGAGAGUCCAUCUCUUGGUCACCUAGUUAUGCAACACUUUGACAAGGCGAUACUUUCUUCACGAAAGGAAGCUUAUGUCAGCAAACACAGAGAAAAGCCUCAUCCUGUUUCACCACAGAGAGCAGCUGUAACAAGCAGUGAGGGGUCCACAUCACCUGUCCAAACGACAUUAACGACUGUGAGUCCACCACAGCCCACCCCGCGAACCUCAAAAGGACAGAAAGAGACACUGUCCUCUCCUCUUGGCAAGGAGAUAGCAGCAUUUGAAGAAGCAGCACAGCAGAUGCUGAGGAGGAUGAAUGUGAUGCUGGUGACGGUGAAGGGGGUUGGCAGUGAGAAGGAUCCAGGAAGGAGACUGGAGGUACUGGAACGUGAAUUAAGCUUCUUGGCUCCUGAUAUUGCAACACUGAUCAGUCGAGGGGAUGGUUUAAUUCUGACUGUCCAUUCUAAUGAUCCAUUUCGAGCAGGAAAGCUAAAGGAAUUGUCACAGGAUAAGUUGAGGAGUAAGUGGCAGGAAGUGAAGGCAGAGUGUGAGGUAAGGAAAGCAGAAGCGCAGGAGGGUGAGGAGAAAUUGAAGGAGUGCAGCAAAUUGAUGGCUGAAUUACAGUUGUGGUUAAAGGAUGCUAAACGGAGGCUGGAACAAGCAAAUAAUGAAGAGGUUCAGUUAAAGGCUUUCCAGGAGGAAUUUGAGAAGAAGGAGAAGGAGAUAGCAAGCUUGAACGAGAAAUGCACAGAAUUGGAGAGAUUGCAAAUUGGGCAUGAGGAUACUGAGGAUACAGCUGCAUUGAUAAAUGAAAAAUGGCAAGAUGUACGUGGACAGUUUCAGCAUUUCCAGAAAGGUUCAAAAGAGAAGAUCGUUCCUGACAGCAAAAUGGAUAUUGGAGGAACUCAGGCAGCAGAAUUUGUGACAAGGGUCAACAAAGUCAGAGAAGCUACUUCGACUAUUUCCAGGCAACUAAAUUCCUUCCCUCUUGGUGGGUGGGAUUAUGAUACUUUUCCUGCCCAAGAAGAGUGCUUGAAGAAAGUGAGAGAGAGUCUUGGCGCAUUGAAGCCAAGUGUAGAUGAAAUUGAAUAUGAUCGUGAUGGUGUGAUGAGACGGGCAAAAAGAGAACAGGGCGAUCAAGUGAGACGCGUUGUGGAUAAACUGCGAGAGGAGUGGUCACAGGUCAACAGAGGUUACACUGAAAGGCACAA